GCGCCCGCCAUGGCCGACAAAAUGGACAUGUCUCUGGACGACAUCAUUAAGCUGAACCGGAGCCAGCGAGGCGGCCGAGGCGGGGGCCGGGGCCGAGGCCGGGCCGGCUCCCAGGGAGGUCGCGGCGGCGGAGCGCAGGCCGCCGCACGAGUGAGCCGGGGCGGCGGGCCCAUCCGGAACCGGGCGGCCCUGGCCCGCGGCGCGGCGGGCGGCGGUGGCAGGAACCGGCCGGCGCCCUACAGCAGGCCAAAACAACUUCCUGACAAGUGGCAACACGACCUUUUCGACAGCGGCUUUGGGGGUGGUGCCGGCGUGGAGACGGGUGGGAAACUGCUGGUGUCCAAUCUGGACUUCGGAGUGUCCGACGCUGAUAUUCAGGAACUCUUCGCGGAGUUCGGGACCCUGAAGAAGGCGGCCGUGCACUAUGACCGCUCUGGGCGCAGCCUGGGGACAGCCGACGUGCACUUCGAGCGGAAGGCAGACGCCCUGAAGGCUAUGAAGCAGUACAACGGCGUCCCUUUGGAUGGCCGCCCCAUGAACAUUCAGCUCGUCACGUCACAGAUUGACACGCAGCGCAGACCGGCACAGAGUGUAAACAGAGGCGGGAUGACCAGAAACCGUGGCUCUGGUGGUUUCGGGGUCGGCGGCACUCGGAGAGGCGCCCGUGGAGGCAGCCGGGGCAGAGGCAGGGGCACCGGCCGGAGUUCGAAGCAGCAGAUCUCUGCAGAGGAGCUGGAUGCCCAGCUGGACGCCUACAACGCCAGAAUGGACACCAGUUAGAGCAGCAGCAAGUCUGUGCGUGGAGCUGGGCCUGGGCGGCCGUCCCCGCUCCCUGCGGGGGGGAGCAGCUGGGCUGUGUGGCCAAGGAUGGAUUUGUUUCUUCUGUUUUAAAAUAGGAUUUAAAACUCAUGUAAAGAUUUUCCUUUUUUUUUUCCUUUUUUUUUUAAAGAUUCUGAAACAGACCUGUUUUGUACUGAGUUAUUUUUGGGACAAAUUUUACUGGUUGCUGUGUGGAGAAGGUGGCGUUUCCUCCUUCACCAUAAUAAACAGAAACGUGUGUAGAACUGGGGCUCUG